CUGUCGUCUUCAAAGCAUGAUUGUGUAUCUUAACCUAACUUUUUAUGAUAAACAUUACUUUUUGACCCUUAAUAAAGCAAAGGAAUGGCGCACAGUAAAAUAUUUUUAAAAAAUCGCGCACUAGGAUAUGUUAGUAAUCACAUUCCGCUCGUGACAAGGUACAUUGAUCGACGAAAGGAAAAUCUCAUAGUAACAUGCGUAGGCAAUGCAUUUCACACGUAUGGUUGUGCACAUUUCACGCUACUUAGCGUGUCAGGAACACACCCGGGUGAAAUUACAUGUUUAGCAGCGGAUACCUACCACAUUUAUACAGCAUGUGAAAAUGUCAUUUAUGCUUGGCGAAGAGGGACAGAGUUGAAGCGUACCUACAAAGGACACGAAUGUUCAGUGCAUACUCUCCUACCUUUUGGACCACAUCUAAUAUCUGUUGAUGAAGACUGCAAUGUCAAAAUAUGGGAUAUUAAAUCUGAAGAGAUCAUUGUAGAGCUUAGCUUUAGUAAUAGGGUGUUCAAAAUAACAACACUGAUGCAUCCUAAUACUUACAUGAAUAAAGUAUUAUUUGGUAGCGAACAAGGUCAAUUACAGCUAUGGAAUAUAAAAAUUGCAAAAUUAAUUUAUACAUUUAAUGGUUGGAAUACGCCUGUAACAGCAUUGGAACAGGCUCCUGCAGUGGAUGUUGUAGCUGUUGGUUUAAGUGAUGGAAGAAUCAUAUUACACAAUCUUAAGUACAAUGAAAGUCUUUUUGAGUUGGUACAAGAUUGGGGUUCUGUCAUAUCCAUCAGUUUUCGCACAGAUGGCCAUCCAAUUAUGGCUACUGGAAGUUUGGAAGGUCAUAUUGUAUUUUGGAAUUUAGAGGAGCAAAAAGUGGAAAGUCAACUCCAUAAGGCUCAUUUUGGAGCUGUCACUGGAUUGAAAUAUUUGCCAAAUGAACCACUCUUAGUAUCAUCAUCACCUGAUAAUUCUUUGAAGUUAUGGAUAUUUGAUUUAGCUGAUGGUGCUGGAAGACUCUUGAGAAUCAGAGAAGCUCAUGCAGAACCCCCUACUGGAAUUCGUUUUUAUGGAAAUGAAGGUCACAAUAUAUUAACAGCUGGAAGUGAUUCUUCUUUAAGAAUAUUUUCCACAGUUACAGAAAUAUUAAAUAAAAGUCUGGGAAGAGCAUCAUUUAACAGAAAAGCUUCAAAGAAGAAAGGACGAACUAUUGCAGAUCCUAUGAUAAUGCCACCAAUAACCACCUUUGCUGCAGAAACAACAAGAGAAAAAGAAUGGGACAAUAUUGUAGCAACUCAUUCUGGUUUGGGUACAGUUACUACAUGGUCUUCUAAUCAAGCAAAAAUGGGAGCAUUCAAAUUAUUCCCAGAGAAAUUUAAAGGCAACCGUAAUGUUUUUGCGACCACUGUAUGCUUAACAAAAUGUGGAAACUUUGUUAUAAUUGGUUACAACACCGGUCAUGUAGAAAAAUUUAAUAUGCAAUCGGGAAUUCAUAGAGGUAGUUAUGGGAAUGAUGUGGGAGCUCAUAAUGGUCCUGUAAAAGGAGUAAUGGUGGGUCCUUUGAAUCAAACUGUAAUUACUGCUGGACGAGAUGGUUUUAUACAAUUUUGGGAUUUUAAACCAAAGAAAGGAAUUACAGAACCAAAAGCAAAAUUAGUAAUGGAUGAACCAAUUGAAUGGUUAAGGUAUCACAGUGACAGUUCUCUUGUGGCAGUAGCUCUAGAAGAUUUUAGUGUUGUAGUAAUAGAUCUUGAUACAAGAAGAAUUGUACGACGAUUCGAGGGACACGAAGGACGAAUAACAGACGCAUGUUUUAAUCCGGAUUCAAGGUGGUUAAUAACAGCAUCUAUGGACUGCACAAUCCGCGUAUGGGAUGUUCCUUCCUCGAAUCUAAUAGAUAUUUUUCAGGUUCCAGAAGCAUGUACGUCGUUACACUUUUCUCCGACCGGAGAAUUCCUUGCUACAACACAUGUGUGUAAUCUUGGGGUAUACUUAUGGUCGAAUCGUACACUUUAUUCUCAUAUUUCGCUAAAAGCAAUAAAUAAGGACGAUCCUAUUCCUAUGAUUGGCCUUCCUGGUUCGGUAGUAGAAGUUAGCGAUAUCGCAGAAGAUGAACUUGUCGAAUUAGAACCAGAAUACGUUUCUCCAGAACAACUUCAGAAUGACCUUAUAACAAUGUCCGGUUUCGCUAAUUCGAAAUGGCAAAAUAUACUGAAUAUAGAUAUCGUGAGAAAACGAAAUAAACCCAGGGAAGCACUUAAAGCACCAGAAAAUGCCCCAUUCUUCUUGCCAACAAUUCCAUCAUUAGAACUAAAGUUUGAUUUCUCGAAUGUUAAAAAUAUGGAAGCUAACAAGAAACUAAUCACUCAUCCCGAUAUACAGAACCUCACUAUUUUCAGCAAAGCACUAUUAUCUGUUGAAAAUAACGAAUUUCACGAGGUUGUCGAAAAAUUUAAAUACAUGAGUCCAAGUUCCAUUGAUUUUGAAAUUCAAUCGCUUUCAGCGGAUGAAAAUACAACACAGACCCUAUUGCUUCAAUUUAUGAAAAUGAUACAUUACAUGAUGGAGAAGAAAACAGACUUCGAACUUGCGCAAGCGUACCUGUCUGUAUUUUUGAAAUGGCACGGAACAGAGAUAACAAAAAACGAAUCUUUAAGAAAUUAUUUAAGCACGUUACAAGAAGUACAGUCUAAAAAUUGGUUUUUGUUAAGAGAUAAAUUGUUUUAUAAUCUCAGCGUUGUACAGGCUUUAAAAAAAAUGUAA